AUGGGCGUCCCUGAUGAUGAGAUUUUGUAUGUUGCUCCUCUCUCUGUCAUUCCUGGCGUGAACAUCGAUUUGAACCAACCCAUCUCCAUUGAUGCCUCCACUUCUGCAUGCUCCAAUCAAGGUAAUCCCUCUAGUAUUCCAUCUGGCUCAACUCCUGUCACUAAUUCUAAGAAAGGAACACACUAUACUGAUCGUGUUAUAAGAGACGUAGUUACUAGAAUUCUUAAUGAAGGCCACUCUGUGAAGGGAGUUACUACUCCCCUUGCUCAAAUCUAUCCCUCUCUUGAGGUUGAACAACCUAGUGGUAAGGGUGAUGAUUCUUCCAGUUCUGAAAAGGACUUGGCUGCUGAAGGGUUGCACUUUCUAGGGCAGACCGUGUUUGAAAAAGGGAAAUCUGUGGCCUCUAACACCUCUAAUACUUCCCACUCUGAGAAGCAUGAUGAUGCAAAUGUUGUAAUUAAUCUAGAGGAUGGUAGCUCUGAUGAUCAAGAGGAAAGCUUGAUUCAUCACAUGAAGCCAAAUGUGGCUAAACGCAUGAAGACUCGUAAAGGAAAAUCUGUGGUUGAACUUAUGUCAUCCAAAAAAGCUAAGAAGACUGCUGGUAUUGGUCCCUCCAAACCAUGGAGCAAGUUUGAAAUAAAGAAGAGGAAGGUCAGAGAUGAUUCUGAGCCUGAAGAGGAUGUUGAGGAAGAUGUCCCUGACAUCUCGCCUGCAAAGAAAACUACUGUUAGGAAGUCUCCUGUUAAAAUACAUGAUGUUCAUUUGGUUAACAUCUCCUUCCAUCUUGAGGAUGGAGCUACUAAGUGGAAAUUUGUGAUUCAGAGAAGGGUAGCUGUGGAAAGGGAAUUAGGAAAAGAUGUUGCUGAUGUCAAGUAG